UGCAGCAUUACGGCACUCGACUACGUCAUCACGUUUGAAAGCAGGAAGUAAACUCAUGAAGGAGCAAAGUCUCCUGAGUGGAUAGUUUGAAGGUCCAACAUGACUCAGGUGAGCCAUCAUCAGUGGGGAGAGGUGUCUGGUGUUGGUAGCGUGGACAUGUGGGUCCUCCAGUCUCCCCAGGUGAAGGUGGAAGUGUUGACCCUGGGCGGCAUCAUCAGGUCUGUGUGCAGCAGAGGGAAGGACAGUCAGAUGGAGGAUGUUGUCCUGGGUUAUGAUGACCUGGAAGGGUAUGUGUCAGACCAGCGGUACCUGGGAGCGGUGGUGGGUCGCGUGGCCAACCGGAUCGCUCAGGGACAGUUCGUGGUGGAAGGAAAACAGUACCAGCUGGACAUCAACAACAGACCUAAUUCCAUCCAUGGAGGUCUGCACGGGUUCAACAAGGCUAUCUGGGGGGCUUCGGAGGUGGAAGGUGGAGUGAAGCUGACUCUCACCAGUCCAGAUGGAGACCAGGGUUAUCCUGGUGAGGUCCAGGUGUCCGUGUCCUACACCCUACAGGGGGAAACUCUGACUGCUGAAUACCAGGCCAGGUCCAGCAAGACCACCCCCAUCAACCUCACCAACCACUCCUACUUCAACCUGGCUGGACAGGCUGCAGGAGAUGUCUACGACCACCAGGUCUCCAUCAGUGCAGAGUCCUUCCUGCCGGUAGAUGACACGUCCAUCCCCACAGGAGAGAUUCGAGCAGUGGAGGGAACACCUUUUGAUCUCAGACAGCAGGUUCUGAUUGGCUGUCGUCUUCAGGAACUUCCUGGUCCAGGAUUUGACCACAACUUCUGUCUGUCAUCACCCAGAGACGCCUGGAAAGAACGACAUGCAGCCCGAGUCUCUCACCUGGCCAGUGGGCGUGUCCUGGAGGUUUCCACCAGCCAACCAGGAGUCCAGUUCUACACGGCCAAUUUCCUAGAUGGCUCCCUAACAGGAAAGGGGGGAGCCAGGUACAGGAAGCACGGCGCCUUCUGUCUGGAGACUCAGAAUUGGCCUGAUGCCGUCAACCAGGCUUCCUUUCCUGACUGUCUCCUGCGUCCUGGUGAGGACUACCAUCAUGUGACUCGCUACACCUUCAGCACCAUCUGAUCCGACAUCAGCUGGUCAGUGAAGAGAUGAAUUAGUAGUGAAGUUUAGGGUCUGAUGACGUUAACUCUGACCUGUUCCUGAACCUAACUGCAGCGGCUUGAGGCAGAAUCCUUCACGUCCUCAGGAAGCUCAGCAGACCCCACAUGGACCGUCUGAACUGGAUGGACCUAGAGGACGGUCAGAGACAGAGACUUCGCUGCUUUAUUUUGUUAUAAAUCCAGCUAACUGAAUAAAAGAUAUGACGAUCUCUGGA